AUGGUCAAAUUCUAUCCUUCCCUCUCCCCAGACCUCAGCGAAUGGUGCAUGUCCCAACCCCUCUUCUACAUUGCCUCCGCACCCCGCUACGGAGACCACAUCAACAUAUCCCCAAAAGGGCUACCGUCCACCACCUUUUCUAUCCUAGACCCAAACAAAGCGGCCUACAUUGAUGCCACUGGUUCUGGUGCCGAAACAAUUGCUCACCUCUACGAAAAUGGGCGUUGUACAAUCAUGUUUUGUUCCUUCGAAAAGGUGCCUAGAAUUNNUUUGAGAUUGUUCUGCAAGGGAAGAGUAGUAGAGUUUUGGGAUGAAGAGUUCGGAGUUCUGACUAGGCAGAUGGGGAUGGAAGUGCCGGUGGGUGCGAGGGCGGUGAUUGUGUUGGAGAUCUUCAAGGUACGAGUCUCCGACAACAAAAUGGUCGAUUAUCGUGCCAAGAACAAUGCGUAUAGCUUGGAUGAUCUUCCUGGACUCAAAGCUGGAAGACGAACAAGAGGAGAAUGGCUCUGGGUGGGUGAUGCAAAAGCUUACCUCACACGGUUAUGGAAUCAGAUGGACGCCAUGGUGAUUGGACUAAUUACGAUUACUAUGAACAACAUGGACGAUUCUGAAGAUAACCGUGCGCACUCAUCUAGCACUAUGGACACUGAGCACGACCAGGCUCAAGUCACCUCUGACCACAUUCAGGAUGCUGGUAAGGACAAAACUAUCGACAUAAACCUCACUCCAAACCUGUCCGACAACCCUAGCAGAACCUCCAACGGUCCUGCCAGGCCGAACACGAAAGACACCGAAAGUCUCCACAAGACUCGCACCGCCAUCAAGAAGCACAAGAAGCUUUCCCGUGCAAACAAAAUCGCUGCAUCACCUUUCCUUCGUCUUCCGUCCAAUGUCCGCACAAAGAUCUUACUUCAAGCCAUGGAGUCUCCCACUACACCCACUGCCUCUAAGCAAUCAACCGUCACUGCUUCGCCCGUCAACGACCGUAGCACUGCCGUCAAUACGACUACUUCUUUGCUCACCCUCAACAACCAGAUUCACACCGAAAUUCAAGCAUUGAUGACGGCAAAGAACAAGGCUAAAGUGCAGAAUGCCGCAAAGAAAGAGAUGGAUGAAGUCAGCAGUAUGCUUGAAAGAUCUUUGCAGCUGCAUGCAGAGAUGGGCGGGAACAACACCGAGUUUGAGAGCUUGGUUGCUGAAACUAUGGAAAGUUCGAAAGUGUAA